AGUCUGCACAAAGGAUCUGGACUUGGGAACAAAUCUAAUGACUGUGGCUACCCCCAAUAAAACAUUGAGUAACCACAGCAUUGCUGCCAUUCCAUGCGUGAAUCCCAUAGGAAGAGAAAUCCCAAACAGUCCCGGCUUGAAACAGGUUGAGGCUUGUAUGUUGGUCGGAGAACAUUCAGAGCGUGCUCAGAGGAUUGCGAAAGCCAGACGAGAGUUCUUUUAUGGAACGUCGGAGCCACAGAUCCCAGAGGAUAAAGCUGACUCUAAAACCUGGCAGGCCCCAGUGAAUCCAGACAACAACACGACCAGGGAGAUAGCAGAGAGCAAGUACCAGGGAGCCUCGGCCAAUGGAUCUCUCGAUGCAAAACUGGGCGCGCUCAGUCAAGGCUCCGCCAAGGUCGUUAAUGAUCUGAAAAGUGCACUUUUGUCAAAUGGGACUUCCACUGAUUACAAAGCAAGAGACCAACUGCGAGCGAUGAAGUACUUGGAGACUGAUUUGGAUGCUGUGCCUAUCAGACACUACCAGGAAACCAACCUCGAUGAGGUCAUGACAGAUUACAAUAUAACCAGUUCAGACGGGCAAGAGCUUCCUCACCCCAUGAAUUCAACACUUGAUUCUAUUCAAAUGGACCAUCCCGUCCCUUCAAGAGGCUUCGGUCGAGACCAGACCACUGGGAAUCAUGAGGUGUUCAGGGAAGCUCAAUCCAAAGCUGCUGAGGAUGAUGUGUUCUCUGAGCUGUCCUCUGCUGCUGACGAGAGGUCACCGGAGGUAGAGGUAAAGAAUCUGCUUCCACCGGUUGCUACAAUUCCUAUUGCACGGAGCAUGUCUGAAGAAGGCACUGACACCUUCAGCAAGCAAUUUGAAUUGAUCCUGGAGUCCCAACGUGACAAAGGCACCUCUUAUACCAGCCUGGACUCCGUGGAAACCCUGCCUUCUCCCAGCAGGAACCAGGGGAAUUAUUUCACCUUUGACUUUCCAAGCCUGACUUCCAAAAUCCAGGUCCAGAUUAAAGAGAACGCCCGGCUGAUUGAGGAGGAGUGGUCAAGUGCUGAGGGCCAGUGUCGCACAAAUUCGGCCAAGGCCUCUGAUUGGCCAGACAGCCCCGGGUGCAAGGCAGCCAGAGCGGAGAGGAAGCUGGGGGUCAGUCCGAUGGUGGGCUACAGUAAAUCUGAGAACACUCUCACCAGGUGCCAGCUCUAUGCGGAGGGCACCCUGCUCAAAAGAGCGCUUGAAAUCGGAGACGAUGAACCAAAGUCAGAGUAUUCCUCAAGCGACAGCAAUUUGAACCACUUGGUGAUGGACUCAGAGUCCGAGAUGGACAGCACCGAGCAGUUGGCGUUGGGGAGCACUGACACUUUGGCCAAUGGAAACAAGACUGACCAGGAAGCUGCCAAGCGAUUGGCCAAGCGUCUCUACUACCUGGAUGGGUUCAAGAGAUCCGAUGUGGCUCGACAUCUGGGCAAGAAUAACGACUUCAGUAAGAUGGUGGCUGAGGAAUACCUGAGGUUUUUUGACUUCACGGGGAUGAAUCUAGAUCAGGCUCUGAGAGCUUUCUUGAAGGAGUUUGCACUAAUGGGAGAGACGCAGGAGCGGGAGCGAGUGCUGAUCCACUUUUCACAUAGAUACCACCAGUGCAAUCCCGAGGCCAUAUCUGCAGAGGAUGGUAUUCACACACUAACAUGUGCGCUGAUGCUCCUUAAUACGGAUCUUCAUGGACAUAACAUCGGCAAGAGGAUGUCUUGUUCCGAUUUCAUCGGGAACCUGGAAGGUCUGAAUGACGGGAAAGAUUUCCCAAAGGAACUCCUCAAGGUUCUGUACAGCUCGAUAAAGAAUGAGAAGUUACAGUGGACCAUUAAUGAGGAAGAGCUGCGGAAAUCCCUGUCCGAGCUGGUGGACGAGAGGACGGAUCCCGGCCUGAAGGUGAUGAAUAGGAUCAGCGGUGGGAGCAACCCCUUCCUGGAUAUUGUGCAAGAUCCCAACGCGGCCACGUACAAGCACGGCUUCCUGGUGCGCAAGGUUCAUGCGGAUUCUGAUGGGAAAAAAACUCCCCGAGGGAGAAGAGGCUGGAAAACCUUCUAUGCUGUGUUAAAAGGAAUGAUCCUCUAUUUACAAAAGGAUGAGUACAAGUCCGACAAACAGCUUUCAGAAGAUGACCUGAAGAAUGCUAUCAGCAUCCAUCACUCAUUGGCGGUCCGGGCAGCUGACUACAGCAAGAAACCCAAUGUCUUCUACCUGAAGACAGCCGAUUGGAGAAUAUUCCUUCUCCAAGCUCCAAACGCAGAGCUGAUGCAAUCCUGGAUCACCCGCAUAAACCUGGUGUCGGCCAUGUUUUCUGCGCCACCCUUCCCAGCAGCCAUUGGUUCCCAGAAGAGGUUCAGCCGUCCUCUGCUUCCCACUACACUGACCAGACUCUCCCUGGAGGAGCAGAUAAAGGCUCACGAUACUCGACUCAAAUCGAUGACUGUGGAUCUGACCGAGCAUCGCUCAUAUCCUCCUGACAAGAAAGUGAAAGGCAAAGAGCUGGAUGAAUACAAACAGAAGGAAGAAUACCUGGAAUUUGAGAAAAUGAGGUUCAGCACGUAUGUCUCGCUGCUGCGUGCCAAGCUGAAAUCAGGAACGGACGAUCUGGACAAGUUUGAAUCCGCCCUGUUCGACAACAUUGAGAGUGAAGGGAAUGGCUUGACAAAGUCCCACUCCAGCCCGUCCCUACACCAGGAGCCACCGGUCAUGGCCAUCCGAGUCAAACGCAACACAUCGGAGCGCCGGAGUUACCGGCACUCUGCCAACACCAAGCACAAGCUAUAACCCUCUUGCUCAGUCAGGGUUUGCACUGAGACUAGCAUGUUGUACGUUCAGUUACAACUUCUGACUGUAGUGUAGUGCCAGUGGUGGCUGCUUGUGUUGGUUGGCGCAUGCGUAGUUCAGGGACUGGCUGGUGCAUCAAAUGGCUCCCUUUCCGAAAGACUGGAUUUGCAGGGAUGGGAUCCAGAGGGCACCAAUACUGCUGUGGUGGGCAGAGAGCCUGUUUACUAAUUGCACCGUGACAGGGCAGGACCGUGGUUGCAUGUGCCAAGCAUGGCAAGCGCCACCCAAUGGCAGGUCUUGAAACAUCAUCUACUUUACUCUGAAUUUCUGGAUGGUGACUCCUGCCCCGGUCCUGGUCUUCUCUCUCGAGCACGUGAGAGGAAAGGCGUGCCCGUGGCAAACAAGGAGGCCUGAGCCAUGCCAAACAACUGCUGUAUUUCCACGGGACAGACGGAUAGAGCUAUAUAUACAAAUAUAUAAUAUAUUCCUUUAGGAUAAGGUGGCGUUGCCACAAGUCAGGAGUGGCAGCCAUUGGCAGACCUAGUUUGUGGUUCUGCAUCUCGUUGGGACUCGCUGGAGGGUUGCUGCUACCUCGCUGCGGGUUCCUUGAUCGUUGUCGACAAGAGGUUAAGGAGCUGGAGUUCCUCAUUGCCACAUUCCUUCAUGUGGCAUCACCGACCAUCACCGCAAUGAGUCGUGGUAGCUGCCAUGGAUAUUUUAUUUAUGUCGUGUUUCACAUUCCUUUCCCCUUCAUCCAGCUGUUCACAUCUGCUUCCCAUCUCCUCCUACACACCCCCUCCCAUAAAUGUUAAAUAAUAAUGUGUAAAAGUCAGAGUCAAUUGAAUGUGCGUUUCAUAAAAUUCAUUCUGACAAUGAA